AAAGCCUUAAGUAACAACUAGUGAGUAGCAUCUGGAUAAGAAUUUUAUUGAAUUUUGUAUUCAAAGUGAUAUUAGUUUUAUUUAAAUUAUAUAAGUUAAUUUAAAUUAUAUACUAUUACUACUAUAUCAACCCCGUCAACAAGGAAUGUAUUAUCUCUUAACAGGUAAAUAUAAAUGAAAGAUGGCGCAAAGCUCACACGGAGGCAGCCAUCGACCGCGUCGCGAUCAUGACAGCAGUUCAAUACGGUACACAAACUCUGACUGGGAAGCCAAGGAGGUGCUCUAUCAACGAGAGUUGGAUGAAUCACGGGCCAGAGCCACACAGAUGGAGAAAACCAUGCGCUGGUGGUCAGACUGCACGGCCAACUGGAGGGAAAAGUGGAGCAAGGUACGUAAUGAACGGAACAAAGCUAGAGAAGAAGCUAAACAGUUUAAGAAUAAAGCUGAUGCUCUAGCCAAAGAGCUGGCGGCUAUCAAGACUGAGAAGGCCGAUCUGGAACAACAGUUAAUUGAGCUUAAAAAGGAUAAUGAAACACUGUUAAGCCUAGGUGAGAGUCGAAUAGUUUCUGGUGAGUUGACAGCUGAUGAUGGAGUGGAAUUGAGACGAAAGAAUCUCGGAUAUGUAUCCCCAAAUGAGCAGUCGAUGCGACAGCGGGCAUCUUUGGAUUCACACAAAUUUUCCAAUGUUGAUAAUGUCCUCGCAAACAAAUUAAGUGAAAUGCGUCUCCGUUUGGAUGAAGCAUGCAAGAGUUUGCAGAGCGAGAAAGAUCAGAAAACUUAUCUUCUAUCCAAAAUAGAGACACUCACAGCUGAAUUACACGACACCAAGAUGGAGUUGACGCAUAAUGAUAGGACCCUGGGAUCGGAUUCUAGUCACAGUGAAGUGGAGAGGCUGCAGAAUGAGCUGCAAGACGAGAUAGCAGCUAAACAGGUGCUAGAGGAGAAGAUAGCGGAAUACAAAAUGGAGAUAGAGAGAUUAAAGUCUGAGAACACGAUACAAUGGAGCAAACGAGAGUUACUGGAAACUGAGAACAUAGCUAUAUUGAGGGACAAUAAAAAAUUAUAUAGCCAAGUCUGCGAGCUUCGAGAACAAAUACAUAAGCUGAAUAGAAUAUCAGACGGCAGCGCUUACGGCGUCCCCUUCGAACAUAGACUGGAUUCUAACGUGCUGUACACGAGGAAGACGAGCGUCAGUCCGAGGUCACACGAGUCCAGCAAUGGCUCGUCCGAAGCCAAUUUAACGAAUUACGACAACAAAACCACCUCCGGCGAGGAAGAUGAACUGGCCAUCGUAGAGAAAAACGACAAACAUUGAAAUUACCUUAAAAUAAUGUAGGAAACAAUGAAUAUUGAAUGGUGUUGAUAGAUUCGAUGUUGUCAAUUUUUUUUUUACAACUAAAAUAGGUUUUAAUAAAUAUAUUAAAAAAAAUUAAAGCUUGGCAAAUAUCGUUCAGUACAAAAAAUAUAUAUAUAAUAUGACAAAAAUACGAUUUAAAUACAUUCCACGAAGUAUUUCAAGGAUUGAUUUUUUCUGAUAGACUUUAGAUUGGGUGUGUGUUAGUUCAUUUUAACGGCCGUUAUUCAACGAUGCUUCGGUUCAAAACAGCGAUAGCGACUGGCCUAAGUAUAUAAAACGGACAAAUGUAUUAUUAUAAUUAGCUUUUAGUAUAUCUAUGAUAUCAAUAAAGUGUUGUUGUGCUGUUGUUGUUGAUGUAGUAGUAAUAAAAAAAAAACACCAAAAAAAAAAAACGAAACAAUAUUUUCACAUCACAAAAAUAAUUUGUCAAUGUUCGGGAAUUUUCUAGAACGUUCUUACAUCACAGAGGCCUAAUGUGUGUAUUCAUCACCUACUGAUUGUUAACAAUUUUUAUAGUCUAGUUUUAUUAUUCUAUAUGAAGUCACAAAAUAGGCGAUAAUUAUGAAAAAAACAAAAGCAAAUAAUCGGCAAAUAAGUUGGAUAUGCCUAGUCACUAGAAAACAAUCAUAAUAUUAAUUAAUUUCUAUCAACUUAAUUUACUCCAUACAAAUAGGUUGUAUAUUCUUUGACAUUGGCAGAAUAAUUAGAUAACAUUAAAAGUCUUGCUUUAAAAAAAUAUGUUCAUUAAAUUGUCUGAAAUAUUAUUCCAUUAUGUAGAUAUUUUAAGAUUUUAUUUAUUUUGCUAGACUUGCCGUUAGACAUAGAAAGUAAUUGUGCCAACUCUUGUUCUACUCUCCAUGAAGGAUUAUAGCUUUUUGAGUAUAUAUUUUUUCUUAACAGACUACGAAUGAAAUUACGAGGGUUUUAGUAUUAUGUAUGUCUUAUAUAAUUUGAAGAGAUUAUUUUUAACGAUAUUUUCGUAACUAAUAAUUAUACGUUUAUCAUAAUGUGUGAUGUUGUAAACGAUUAUGUUACGCCUAAUUUUUUUGAAAUCUAAGAUUAGUGAUGUCAGAAUUUAUAAUUAAAAAUAAAACUACAUGUGAAAUAUAUAAA